AUGCAGGUGGAAAUGAACAAUUCACAUUUGUCAGAAGUAUCGUUGAAUAGUUCGAAACUUAGAGAUGCUCAUAGUUAUGUGGGCUUCGCAAAUUUUCCUAAUCAAGUCUUCAGACGAGCAAUCAAAAAUGGAUUUGAGUUCACACUAAUGGUUGUCGGAUGUUCUGGUCUUGGUAAAUCUACUUUUAUCAAUUCUCUCUUCUGUGCAGAAGUUAAUGAGUUAGAUGUUGAAAAACGGUGUACUUCACCUACAGUACAAAUUGAAGAGCAAGCUGUUCGUUUGGUUGAGAAUGGUGUCACUUUGAAUCUUACCCUGGUCGAUUGUCCAGGUUUUGGUGACGCUGUAGAUAACAGCCAAUGGUGCUGGGAACCGAUCGUUAAUUACAUCGAGAAGAAGUACUUGGAUUUUUUUUCUGAGGAAACCAAAAUCGAACGUGCUGCAACCAUCCCUGACAAGCGUGUACAUCUGUGUCUUUAUUUCAUCGCCCCAACAGGACAUGGCUUAAAACAGCUGGACAUUGAAGUGAUGAAGAAAUUGCACGACCGCGUCAAUGUGAUUCCAGUUAUUGCAAAGGCUGAUACGCUUACUACAAAUGAAGUAACUCGUUUCAAAAGCCAGAUAAUGAAAGAUGUCGAGGCGAAUGGCAUCAAAUUAUACAAGUUCCCGGAUGCAGAAGACGAAGAUGAAAACAAGCAAUUUGGACCGCUUCGUGAACGAUUCCCGUUUGCUGUUGUUGGUAGUAAUCAGAUUCGUGAAACCAAUGGACGUCGUUCUAGGGUGAGGGACUAUAUUUGGGGUACGGUUGAAGUUGAAAAUUUGCAGCACAACGAUUUUAUUGCUCUGCGUGACACAAUUAUCAGGAUAAAUUUAAUUGAUUUGAUCGCGGUGACUCGUGGCGUUCAUUAUGAGAAUUUUCGUUUUCGGCAGUUGAGCAAAGGACCAAAAAAUGCAAUAGAUAGGGAUCCUUUCACCCAGUUGGAACAUGAGAAACAAAUUAAAGAAAAGGAGCUUGAAGAACGAAAACGUAGUAUGGAAAAGGUUUUUGAAGAAAAAGUGAUGGAACGGGAAGAAAAGUUGGCUUUGCGUCAAGCAGAGCUUGAUGAUAAGGAGAAAGAAAAUCACCGAGUUCUACUGGAGCGCCGUAGGGCUUUGGAGCAGCUUAUGAGUGAUGUGGUCGAAUUGCGCCGAAGUACUGGAACUGUAUCACGCCAGGAUUCAAGAUGCUCGCCAUCAGACAAGUCAUCGCGGGUAAAAAAAGGACUUGGUGGGAUUUUCAAAAAUUAA